GGGGGGCCGCGCGGGGCCGCGCGUUCAGGCGCCGGCAAGAAGCCGGGAACGCGGCGGGCGAGCGGGGCGCGGGCUGGAGACCGGCGGGGAGAGCGCGCCGCGGAGCGAGCCGGGCCCCAGCGCUGCCGAACCGAGCGGGGCCGGGCGGCGAGGACGAGGGCGGAGGGACGCGAACCGCUGCUGGCUGGUUACGAAGGGGCUUGGGAAGGAGACGUGGAACACCCUAACCAUCCCCGCACAUAUGCACGCACACACAGGCACACUCGCUUACUCGCACACAAUGCUACUAGCAUUCAUUUCUCCCAAAAUAAUGGAUUCAAAUUGCGGCAACUUGAGAAAAAAAGAAUUGCAACUCUUGAUUUGGAAGAGAGGAGGGUGGGUGGGGAGAGGCACAGUGUCGCGGAGAGAAAAAUCAUGCCAGUUCCAUCUUUCUUGUCGGCUCCCGGAUCGACUCGGGCGGACAGCAUGGGUUUCUCCAGGAGCUCCUGCUUGGACGUGUGUGGGGGCAGCGAUGGCAGCCAUCCCCUCACCUGCCAAUCAACCUCUGGAAAGUGCAUCCCGCUUCCCGCACCCGGAAAUCCUUUCCAGUGGCCCCGCUCCCUGGAACACUUUUCAAGUUUCUCCCCACCCUUUGCCCUUCCUGUAGCCCAGACCCAAGCCAGAUACCUGGGCCGGAGUGGAGGGUUUGGAGCAUCCAUUCACUGCCUAUCCUUCACCACCUCUGGCCGCGGGGGCACCCUGUAGUUUGUAGGAAGAGGAGGGAGGUCAAAGUUUGCUUCCUUGGAUGAAGAAAGAGAGGGAUGUUGGAAGAAAGAGAUCUGAACAAAGACCAGUGCCCAUUCUGUAAGCCCCCUCCUCCAAGGGCAGGGAGGAGGGGCUGCCUGGUGCCCCCAAACCUUGGGCAGUCUCUUUCCCACCCAGAAUUCCCAACCUCUCACCCCCUUUUGUGCUAUGUGAAAUCUCAGUUGCUUGGGAAAUAGGUUCAGAGAGAGCAUUCUGGGAGUGGAGGUGAGGGAGAAGGCGUUUCUGAGGCCCUGGGCAGACCUGGAGUCCCAGGCAAGGCUGCUGCUCUGGAGAAGGUGCUCCAGAGAGGGAGCUGGGGAAUGCAUGUGUUGAGGGAGCACACAUCUGCUUCAGUGUGGAUGCUCUUCCCACCACCCUGGCCUGCGAUUAGCCAGUGGUGAGCCAGGCUGCCAGGCUGGGUCCAAAGUGUACCCUUUGCCUCCUGGUGGAGGGGAGAGGGGAAGGCCUGAGGAGGUAGGUGCCUAUCCUGGAAAGAUUUGGAUGGUCUAAUAAGUGCUCUCUUGACUUGAACAGGGGAUUUGAGUCAAUAUUGGUUGGGCGCCGGACCCUUUGUCCACCCCCAUCCUUUGCCCCUUCCCAGAAACUUCCUAGGGGGCUUGGCCCUGCUCUAGGGUAUGGCCUUGGAGGUCCUGCCUUCCUAAGUCUGAGGCAGCUCCUCUCUUGGGUAGGAGAGGGUGUGGGAGGGAGCUGGAGAGGUACUCCAGGCCCAUUGUGAUCCUGCAGCCCUUCCUGGCUACCCACUGCAAGUGGACUCUCAUUCCAAAGGGGUUGUUAUAAAACCUGACCUUUUCUCCCACUGAUGGUCUGAAAAUCCAGCUUUUUGGGAUCAAGAAUGAGCAGGGCCAAGAAGAAAAGAAAAUUAUAUUUCAGGAAAAGCAACCAGAUUGUGCACUGCUGAGCUGUGUACACCCCAGAGGGGGCUUCUAAUGUCCUGGGAUAGAAAACUGCAAUAUGGGCCCCUUAGUCCUGUCUCAGCACAGAACACCAUGUUGCAGGCAGGCUUUUUUCAGCUGAGAGGGCUCGAGGAGUUGACUUUGUUCUCAUGAUAUAGGUGUGUGAGAGCAUGCAUGCAUGCAUGCAUGCAUGCGUGUGUGUGUUUGUGUGUGUGUGUGUGUGUGUGUGUGUGUGUGUUUGCGUGUGUCAGAGAUGCACCCUGGACUCUGAGAUCCUGGGGGCUGAGUGGUGAGAGGAGGAGUAAGAGCAGGGGGUAAGCAGCCCUUUUGGUCAAAGCCCUUCCCUUGAGAUGCCCCUUUCCAAAGCCAGGGCAGGGGAGGGGUUAACUGAGUGACCACAGGAUAUCGGAAGGCUGUGGGUUAGGCCCACCAAGGAGGAAGGGAUACGUUGUUAUUAAGGAAACUUCAGCCUCAGGGCCACUUUCCUGGCAAGGAUCCUACUGUUGGGAGUUGGUUGGAAAUUCCACUUGGGGGAGAGGUUUUGUGGAGCCUGAGACUGGGUAGGCAGUUUCAGUGUGUGAGAGGCACGGUGAAGCAUGUUCCCAGGAGCACAGGUCUUCAGGGAGCACCCCCUAAGUUUCUGAGUGAGGUCUUGGGGUAGAGAGGCCUUUCUGGCCAGUCAUCCUGACCUCCAGUGUUGACAUGCCCAGGAGGGAGAAUGAGCAUUCUGGCUGUUGCCAAGAUGUUCAGUACAGCUCCACGUAGUCUCUCGGUCCCCCUUGUCUCUAGGAGCUGUUCCACAUGUCUUUUCUUGAUGGAUCUGAGUUUUUUCCCUGACCUAGAACUUGGGAGCAUCUCCAGGGUACCCUCUGACCUUUACUCUUUUGGAAUUCCUGGCCCAAGGCUCUCAGUUGCUAUUUCUUUCUCUUGCUGGGCUUGAUUGGUUCUGGGGGUCGUGACGCCAACUAGAAGAGCCAGGGAUAGGUGCAGUCAGAGAGUUUGGUGAGAGGAUUCACUGGCUCUCUGCAGAGCAUCUUCCUGCCCCAGUCACAUGUGCCCGCUAGCAGGAUGGGGGAAGCCCUUGCUUUUGGCACAGGAGCCCAGGAUUCUGUAAGGAUUGUUCCGUGGGGCUCCGGACCCCACCUGCCGGGCAUGCAGGACGAGACCCUCCGCUCUUUGGCCAGCCCUUCCUCCCUGCAGGGCCCCGAGCUCCACGGCUGGCGCCCCCCAGUGGACUGCGUCCGGGCCAAUGAGCUGUGCGCCGCGGAAUCCAACUGCAGCUCCCGCUACCGCACGCUGCGGCAGUGCCUGGCAGGCCGGGACCGCAACACCAUGCUGGCCAACAAGGAGUGCCAGGCGGCCCUGGAGGUCCUGCAGGAGAGCCCUCUCUACGACUGCCGCUGCAAGCGGGGCAUGAAGAGGGAGCUGCAGUGCUUGCAGAUCUACUGGAGUAUCCACCUGGGGCUGACCGAGGGUGAAGAGUUCUAUGAAGCCUCACCCUAUGAGCCGGUGACCUCCCGCCUCUCAGAUAUCUUCAGGCUUGCUUCAAUCUUCUCAGGGACAGGGGCAGACCCGGUGGCCAGUGCCAAGAGCAACCACUGCCUGGAUGCCGCCAAGGCCUGCAACCUGAACGACAACUGCAAGAAGCUGCGCUCCUCCUACAUCUCCAUCUGCAACCGCGAGAUCUCUCCCGCGGAGCGCUGCAACCGCCGCAAGUGCCACAAGGCCCUGCGCCAGUUCUUCGACCGCGUGCCGGGCGAGUACACCUACCGCAUGCUCUUCUGCUCCUGCCGAGACCGGGCGUGCGCCGAGCGCCGCCGGCAGACCAUCCUGCCCAGCUGCUCCUACGAGGACAAGGAGAAGCCCAACUGCCUGGAUCUCCGCGGCGUGUGCCGCACCGACCACCUGUGCCGGUCCCGGCUGGCAGACUUCCACGCCAAUUGUCGUGCCUCCUACCAGACGCUCACCAGCUGCCCUGCCGACAAUUACCAGGCGUGUCUGGGCUCCUACGCUGGCAUGAUUGGGUUUGAUAUGACACCCAACUACGUGGACUCCAACCCCACUGGCUUCGUGGUGUCCCCCUGGUGCAGUUGUCGUGGGAGUGGGAACAUGGAGGAGGAGUGUGAGAAGUUCCUGAGGGACUUCACCGAGAACCCGUGCCUCCGGAAUGCCAUCCAGGCCUUUGGCAACGGCACGGAUGUGAACCUCUCCCCUAAAAGCCCCUCAUUCCAGGCCACGCAGGCCCCUCGGGUGGAGAAAACACCUUCUUUGCCAGAUGACCUCAGUGAUAGCACCAGCCUGGGGACCAGCGUCAUCACCACCUGCACAUCUGUCCAGGCCCAAGCCCUUGGGAAAGCCUUAGAGACCCCCUUCACUGACCCAGAGAUGGCAGCGAGUUGGGGAUCCCACAUAAGUGAUUGGACAUUAGGACAAGAGGGCCUUUUGACAUCUCCUUCUCAAGCCCCAAAGUAUGGAAGCUUGGAACAGGGGCUAAAACCCAAUAACUCCAAAGAGUUAAGCAUGUGCUUCACAGAGCUCACGACCAAUAUCAUCCCAGGGAGUAACAAGGUGAUCAAACCUAACUCAGGCCCCCGCAGAGCCAGACCGUCGGCUGCCUUGACCGCUGUCUCCUUCCUGAUGCUGAAGCUGGCCUUGUAGGCUCUGGGACCCAUGUCGGGGGAUUUCCGGAAACUACGCAGAUGAGAACACCCGCCUGGCAACAUGGAAACACACACACACACACACACACACACACACACACACACACACACACACAUCUUGCAAAAAAAAAUUUUUCCCCACCUUGUCUCUGAACCUGUCUCCUCCCAGAUUUCUUCUCUGGAGAAGUUUUUCUAAACCAAACAGACAAGUAGGCGGGCAGCCUGAGAGCUGGCCCAGAGGUCCCUCGGCAAGGGAAACCCAGUGCUGAGGAGGGUGCAAGGGUCUAGAAAUGCCCUUCGUUUUCUCCCGGUGUUUUCUUCUCCGGACCUCGCUGACAUAAAAGACCAAGAUGACACCCCUGUGGCCUGAGGGACUGGAACUGUGCUGAUGUGAACUGGGGCCAGGGAUCCCCACUGGCGGCUUGGCAGAGGGCAUCGGGCAGCAAAGCAGCCAGGCUGGCUGCUGGGGGUCCAGCUGGGCACCUCAGCACCUCCACUCGGUUUCGAGCAUGGAGUUUGUUUUGUGCUCUCUGUCUGCAUCUGAACUGAGAACCCCCAGUGAUGCCUGUGGAGGGUGUGGUACCAGGCCCUCCGACUGUGGUAUGGAGGGAGUACUGGGGCCAGCUCCAGGGGGCUUGGGAGCUCAGCCCUCUGGGGACAUCCCCUUGGGCAGAGGGAGCAAAGCUUGGGCACCAGCUCAAGGCUGCUGCUUCCUGCUUGGUGGCAGGAAUUUUGAAAUCAAAGAGAAAUGAUCCGUCAUUGGCUCUUUUGGUUUCUUGUGGGUUCAUUUGGUGGGUCUCCCACCAGGGAGAGGGGCAGAGAAGAGCAUGGCGGGACACCUGCUGGCACUGUGCUUCACUGGCCGCAGCUCUCUCCUCCUCUCGGCCCCCUGUUCCUCUUUUCCACAUUCUCUCCUCAUUUCCCAGACAAGCGCCAACUGUAUGUACAUAACACGACUCCUUUCUCAACAUAUAUGUAUAUAUAGAUCCAUAUACAUAUAUUGUGUGGUUUCCCCUUUUUUCCUUUUUUUAAGAAACAAAACUAUCGAAAUAAUACCCCAACAGAUGAGCGAAAAUGUAUUAUUGUAAAGUUUAUUUUUUUUAACAAUGUUGUCUAUAAUGGGAAAAAAAGGAGAUUGACUCCCUGUGUCUCUGCCUCUGUCAGGCUGACUGGGCUGUGGAAGGGGGUUCCUGAUCCGUAUUCAUACUUAGCCAAGGCUCCAAUAAACAUACUAGGAAGCAA